AUGAUUUCCUCUACAAAGAUUACACAAGUGAUUCAGAAUGGUACAGUGAUUGACACUGUGCAUGAACAAGAAUUGGCCAACACUGAUGUCGGGAUUAAGAAUGGAAAGGUGGUAGCUAUUGGUCCUUCUCUUUCUUUUCAAUCAUCCACUAAAAUCAUCGAUGCUACUGAUCAAUAUGUGUGCCCUGGUUUGAUUGAUUUACAUACUCAUGUGUAUUGGGGAAGUACAUAUUGGGGAAUUGAAGCUGAUCCUUUGGCAGCUACCACCGGAGUUACGACCUGGGUGGAUGCUGGAAGUGCUGGUGCUUAUACAUUUCCAGGGUUUAGACGACAUAUUAUUGAAAGGUCCAAAGUCAAGAUCUUCUCAUUACUUCAUGUAAGUGCUCUUGGAUUGACAGGGCGUACUUAUGAAUUGACUCAUGACGAAAUGGUGGAUGUAGACAUGGGUGUAGCAACUAUCAAUCAACACCGGUCGCUGAUCAAAGGUAUCAAGGUUAGAAUGGACAGGGAUGCUACCAACAAUACAGGAUUACGAGGAAUAGAACGUGCACGACGUAUGGCUGAUGCUAUAGAUGGUGGUGUACCAUUGAUGAUUCAUAUUGGACUGGCUCCACCUAGUCUUCAAGAUUUGUUGCCGUAUUUGAAAAAGGGUGAUAUCUUGACACAUUGUUGUACUGGACUUUCCAAUCGAUUAGUGGACCAUCAAGGUGAAUUAUUACCAGUAUAUUACCAACUCAAGGAAAAAGGGAUCGUGUUGGAUUUGGGUCAUGGUUCUGGAAGUUUCAAUUUUAUCUCUGCCGAAGCCAUGUUAUCUCAUCAAGUAUUACCAGAUGUCAUCAGUAGUGAUCUACAUCAAAUAUCUCGGUCAGUCAACGUAUAUGAUUUACCAACAACAUUAUCAAAGUAUCUGAAUAUGGGAGUAUCUCUACCUACAGUGAUUGCCAAAGCAACCGUUGCACCUGCUAAGUUGAUCAACGAACCACAAUUAGGUGUACUCAAGCUUGGAUGUCCUGCCGAUAUUGCCUGCUUCAAAUUAGAAAAGGGAACAUUUAUUUUUAAAGAUGCCGCCAACAAUGAACGUCAUGCUACACAACGACUUGUCAAUACUCUCACCAUGGUGGAUGGCGUUAUUUUGGAACCUUCAAAGGAAUCACCCCCUCAUCCGUGGGUGCUUCGGGAUUUGGCUACUGUGGCUGCUCUAGAUGAAAAGGAAGAAUCUUGUUGUUGAUAUACACAUGUAUAGAUUUGUUAGUACAUUAGUGAUUUAGUGCUUAGUGCGAU